AUUAGGCCUAUUAUUAUUUUUUUGUGAUACAAUUCCAGAACUUCCAAUGACUGCGCCCAGCCCUAUCGCAGUCUAUGAAAGCAUUAGAGAUGAGGGUGGUGAAGCGUCCCGGAAAUCAACAGCCGAAGUGUACAGCAAUGUUGGGCCUGACCUCGCAUUCCCGCGAGAUCUCGUGGUCAUUGAGAAAGAGCUGGGACGGGGCGCGUUUGGGAGAGUUUUGCUGGGCACGGCUCUUGGGAUCGAGAAAACUGGGAAAAGGACAAAGGUGGCCGUGAAAACUCUCAAAGAGGGCGGUGGCGAUCACGCUAAGGUGGAGCUUCUUGAAGAGUUGGAGCUAAUGAAGAAAGUUGGCCGUCACCCGAAUGUUGUUAAACUUCUCGGACAUUGCAAAGAGAAAGAUCUCGUGUAUGUGAUCGUUGAAUACCUUGCUAUGGGUGAUCUGAAGAAGCUUCUGAUGGAGUAUCGAGACAAGGACCCAGGGACAGGUUACUCCAACCUACCCGGCUUGAGCAAAUCCCUGUCUCGGACAUUGGUCAAUUUUGCCAGGGAUGUGGCAAACGGAAUGGCAUUCAUAUCAUCUCAAAAGUGUGUGCAUCGUGACCUUGCCGCUCGUAACGUGUUGGUGGGGGAUGACCUGGUGUGUAAAGUGUCUGACUUUGGACUGGCCCGUGACGUCAUGAACACACGUAUCUACCAACGAGAAUCACAGGGUGCUCUUCCCAUGCGCUGGAUGGCGUUGGAAUCUUUUCUAGAUGACGUGUACACGACAGAGAGUGACGUAUGGUCUUUCGGGAUUCUGCUGUGGGAGAUAGUGACACUUGGUGCACGGCCGUAUCCAAUGAUGAAGACAAAGGCAAUGGUCAGCCAAUUACAGCAGGGCUAUCGUAUGCCGAAGCCUAAAAACUGCAAGAAACAGCUGUAUGAUAUGAUGUGCAGCUGUUGGCAGGAGAGUCCCAAGGAUCGACCCACAUUCCAGAGUCUGUAUCAGCAAUUGGACGACAUGUUAUCUGAAGAGAAGGACUACAUCACCAUUCACAAGCUGGAUGAAAGCAUCUACGAAGUGACAAAGAUCGAAGACACGAACGAGAAACUGUGAGAGUUGGCAUCAAGAUCUCUCGGCAGAAAAAUUCAUCAUCGAAUUGUUUCGAAUUGUUUGAUCAAUUAGCCUACAAGUAAAAGAUGAAAUUGUACGCAAGAGACGACAUUACCUGUUUAUUAAAUUCGUCAAGGACGUUAUAUCGUAAGAUAGAAUUAGAAAAUUUAAUAUACAAUUAACUUGUCUUAUAUUAUCACGGUGUAUAUGCAUGAUGUGAGUUUUGAUACAGUUAUUAUUCAAGUAAUAUUUUUAAUGGUUUUGUGUCACCUUACAACAAAGUAAAUGAGACCAACGUGAAAGCGAUAGCAAUAGUAUUUCUUGUAUAGCUUUUUUGGUUUACAUACACAAAAGGCUGAAGUUUAAUAUGCGAGAUUUUCUGUAUUAAGGUUUUUUUUUGGUUGU